UUUCCCCAAACAUUUGUCUGACAGUUCCUCCUCGCUGCUGGCUCGUUUGUUGUUCUCGUCGAUCCCUCGAUGGGAUGUCUGCUGGGAGGAACUAAUAUGUAAACAGAGGCGCGAGGAUCUAGGACCAGGGAGGUUGCAAAUCGAGAAAUGACUGAAGAGAUUGCAACAAAAGAAAUGGGAUUUUGUAGUUAUAUCCGAUCGUUCCACUUUGCCACAUACAAUAUGGCAGUGAGGUUGACGUACGAUUCAGUGGAGCUAGCUAGAUAGAUGAUAGAUCUCGAUCAAGAGCCUCCUGGACCAUUUUAGAAAAAGUCUUGUCAAAAACUAUCUGAAUAUCGUUGUAAUUCAUUCGUUUUAACUUACAGGUUAGAACAAUGUUAAGAUUUGCACCUUUAAUGUGAUAUAAUGUCAUCAUGUUAAAGAGUAAGAUUCCUUUAAUGGCUUGAUGUAAAAUUAACUUGAUAUGGAGUACAUACUGUAAUUUAUGCUAAUGCAGUAUAUGUGACAUUUAUGGAUUCUGUUGACUUCUUAUGAACCAUAUAAAUUUUUCUGUGCAAGGAACACGUAACUUGGAGUGUUAAUGGGAUAAUGGGCAGGUUUUUAAAAAAAAUAUAUUAUUUUGUUUGCAUUGUUAUCCAAAUGGCGGACAUCAUAAACCGAUCUCUUUGCGCUAAACUGAACCUUACCAGCUUUUGUAAAAUGUAGACUAAGCCAAUCAGAUGUUAUCUUCUGUCUUUUUCACCAACAAGCCACUCUUCGGAGAACAUUAGCAUAAUGGUAUCAGAAAAUGUCCCUAACACUUCCAUGACAUACUUUAUAAACACAUCGAGCCAAAUGACUUGUGUUUUUCAAUGUUGUACCUUUUGUAAUUUCACAUAUGAAUAUAUUAUCAGAAGAUUGCAGAUCCAAAAUUUGCCGCAGAAAGCAAAGUUGAUAUGACAAUAGUAUGAUUUUUGUUGAGGAGUGGGUACUUAUUUUAUACUGGUACAGUAAUAAGAUUAGUAGUCUAAUCCUAGAGGAGGCAGGAAUAGCCCAACGCCAUCCCACUCUCGACUCAGAAUAGGAGGAAGAACCUGAGCUACCUGCAUUUUCGCACAGCCUGCAUCUUUCCUACUUUUCCAAACUGUGUCACUUUCCCUUAUUCCUGCACUGGACUUGCCGUUCUGAUGAGGUAGAGGUUUUGAGAGACCACAAUAUCCAAGUGGAUGGACGACCCCACACUGACACACUGAGAGAUAAUCUGAGGCGAAUCAAAUCAAGCGAGGCCAAAGGAUUGACUUUCCACAGAUCCAAAGAGAGCGAUCACGUCAGAGCUCGGGAGGCUGAUGUCACAUAUUUUGGCAACUGUGGGGCAUUUGAGCCCUGAGAUGGUGCUCACCUGAGAGUCACAGGCUCUGCUAUGAUUGUGGACGUCACCCUGAGGGGAGAUUCAUAUGGCACUCCAUGAAAGGUCCCAUGGGGGUGCUCUGAUGGAAUUCAUCAGAGCACCCAGGGCAAAUUACACUAUAAUUGGAGAGGCGAUUCGUUAUGUCAUCCCGGCACACAUGCAAUGUUCUAUCGGCUGUGGUGGUCAAGGCUGCAAGUAUGACAACCCCAAUUUCUGGCGUGAUGACCAGCAGGCGAUUAAAGGCCUCUAUUCCUCAUGGGUGACUGAUCAUCUUCUUGCGAUGUCCAGACCCUCGACUGAAAUUAUUGAAAAGUAUGACAUUAUUGAUCAAUUCAUAAGGAAUAGCAUUAAAACAGUGAUCAACCUACAGAUACCCGGUGAACAUGCCGGCUGCGGAAACCCUCUAGAGCCAGAAAGUGGUUUCUCCUACAAUCCAGAGACCUUUAUGGAAAAUAACAUUUAUUUCUACAACUUUGGCUGGAGUGACUAUGGAGUGGCCAACCUUACUACUGUUCUGGACAUUGUAAAGGUUAUGGCCUUUGCACUACAGGAGGGGAAAAUAGCUGUGCACUGUCAUGCAGGUCUUGGGAGAACAGGUGUGUUAUUGGCUUGUUUUUUGGCCUAUGCCACCGGGAUGACAGCCAAUCAAGCUAUCUUAUAUGUUAGGGCUAAACGCUCUGGUUCCAUCCAGACGCGCAGUCAGCUAAGCUGUGUCCGUGAGUUCGUCCAGUUCCUCGCGCCUUUAAGGAGUGUGUUUUCUUGUGCUGAGCCUCGAUCGCAACCUGUCACCUUGACCCAGUACCUCAACCGCCAGAGACACAUCCUACACGGCCUUGAGCGUAAAGAAUUGAGGUACCUGCCAAAGAUUGUCCAACUUGUGUCCCGGCUGCUGUUGGAUAUUGCAGAGAAUCGACAAGUAAUCGAGGAGGACAUUUUGGAGGCACCGGACAUCCAUGAUAUUGAGAUGACCCUGAGCAUCAUUGAAAAGCUUGGACCUCAGUUUUGUACAAAGGAGCCUCGCUUGCCAGGUUCCCCUACCUUACCAAGACAUUUUCACGAACCACCCAUCUUCUACCAUCGCAAGAGUCUUAGUUAUAGUGAGUCUGAUUUAAGACGUCUGGGCUCGCAGCUCAACCUCCUUACACAACCCUUGGGCUCCCUUUCACAGGGUAAUGUGGCUAGUCCCGCUUCCCCAUCUGACUCCGGUCAACCUGCAGUCCAGUGGAAGAGUUGGAAUAGUAACACAUCUGACAUCUCCCAAAGCUCCACAGGAUCACUCUGGCAAGUAAAGAAUGACAAAAAGGAUGGAUCCAUUUUGUUGAAGAAAGUAAAGCAGAUACCCAUCCAACGCAGUGAGUCUUUUGGACACAAUGGCCCGCUCCAAAAAGGUAGCAUGCUUUCCAGAUUGAAGGCAGAUCAGAGGGAUGAGUUGGCAGAAAACAGGAGGAAGUCCCAAUGUAGAGAUGAGGAGCAUUCAGACGUGCCAUGCAUUACCCUGCAGUCUGAGUUGUCUCUGGAGGCCAGGAGGCUGCUGGUGGCACAGGCCCUGGCAGUCGACCUUUUCCUGGAUGGGGCGUCGGAGCAAAGGAACAAAGUGUUAACAUGGCAGGCUGAGCUGAAUCAAGGUGGUGCAUGGGAAAGGCUGUGCAUGGAGCGGGAUCCCUUCAUCCUCACAAGUCUGAUGUGGGCAUGGUUAGAGCAGCUUAAAGAGCCGGUGAUCUCCCUUCAGGAUGCCGUAGCCUUGAAGCUAGAAAACACUGAUGCUCAAAUGGUCCUCAACACACUUGGCCAGGCACCCAAAGAAACAUUAAUGUGCAUACUCGACUGUAUGGCUCAGUUACUGACAGUACCACUGGAGGUUGAACAUGCAUUUCUGAAUCGUGCUAUCAAGGCUUUCACUUGGAUGGAAAGCAGUUCCAACAAUGGAAGCCAAGUGUAUGAGUCCGUGACUAGAGCCUUACGGUGUGUCCUUGAGGACAUGAGAUGUGUUGCUACCAAAGAAGAAGAACCGACAGUGUAGAUGCUACAUGCGAAAACACGGAGGGGACACUUUGUGCCUUAUGAUGAAAAUAUUUAUUGUUAUUACUGAUGUUGUGCGAUCAAUACAAAUAGUGAUAUGUACUGUCUUAGCAUUUCUUCACCCCCCACACUAAGGUAACUCAACAAAGGUUUUUUAUGCAAUGUUUUGCCUUAAGACUGGUCAUAUUUAGCUCCAAAACUAGUCAAGUAUAGAUAGACCUGCAUAGGUUUGUUGUGGCGCACAUUACA